AUGACCGAUAUUAUAGAUAAAGGUGUAAAGUUAUUUGACGAAAAUAACCAGCGUGAUUACAACCAUGUGGUGGAUCCGCAAUAUAAACAAGCGCGAGCUAAAGCUGAUGAGUACUAUAAAAAACAAAACGCUUUAAGUCAACAAUCUCAAGCGGCGUACAAGAAGGGUGAUGGACAGAGAGCCCACGAGCUUAGCGAGCAGCUGAAACAGGCAUUAAAUCAAGCCGAAUACUAUAGUCAACAAGCGGCGGAAUACGUUUUCCGUGAGAAUAAUGCCGAUUCCGCAUUUGAUGAGAUUGAUUUACAUGGCCUAUACGUCAAAGAGGCAGAAUGGAUUUUGCAAAAACGUCUUAGACAAGCUAUUGCGACAAAUCAGAGUCAUUUGAAAGUUAUUGUGGGGAAGGGAUUGCAUUCUUCAAAUGGAAUCGCCAAAUUGAAGCCUGCUGUUGAACAACUUUGUUCUGAGAGCGGGCUAAAGCAUCAUAUAGAUCCGAAAAAUGGUGGUGUAUUGAUUAUUGACUUGCAAAACUCAAGUAGUUCUCAAGUCCCUAGUUCAUGGGCUAACAGCUCCAUUAAUCAGCCUCAACAAGCAUACCACCAGGGUAAUCAGCCAUACUACCAUACUAAUCAGCCACAUUAUCAACAAUACCAAGGUGUCCAACAACACCAACAGCAACAGCAAGGACAGAGCCAAGAUAUCAAAACAGGUAACCAACUUGUGGACCUACUUGUCAAGGCCAUUUGUUCAUGUAUUAGUGCAAAAAAGUAA